UCCAAGUAAUCAUCGAUCGGCUCUGCUCACAACUCACAAGCAACAGCUCUGUCGGAGCUCCAAGCCGCUCCCAAUUCUCAGGAGGAACCAAGAUCCCUGGUGGUGGUCGUCGCCGUCGUCGCGCGACACGGGAUGGGCAACCUUGUCUCGCAGUGCGUCGCGAGCGGCGCCGGCGCGCGGGCGCGGCCUCUGGUCGUCGGGCCGGACGGCAGCCGGACGCGGGUGGAGGAACACACCGGGGUCGCCGAGCUGAUGAUCGACGCGCCGGGGCACGUGGUGGCCCGCGCCUCUGGCGUGACGGCGGAGCGGCGGGUGCGGGCGAUGGCGGCCGACGAGCUCCUGCGCGCCGGCGAGGUGUACCUCCUCGUGCCUGCCGGGCGGGCCGGCGCGCGGCUGGGCGACCGGGAGGUCGAGGCCAUCGUGUUGUUGGUCUCCGGGAAGAAGAAAUCGAGGAAGAGCAGGCCCGCCGGCGGCAAGGUCUUCCCGGAGGUCAACGCCGUGGAGGACGCGGUCGAAGGGAACGAGGAGGGUUCUCUGUGUGCCGGUAAACGGGCCGAGGAUCAUCAUGGGCUUGGGCCAAGGCAGUGGAGGCCCGCCCUGGAUACCAUCUACGAGGCCUAGACUUGUGUGAAGCGGGAAUGAUUUUAUUUUUAUUUUGGCUCUGAUUCGUUUUAGAGAGAGAUAGAAUAGGAAAUCCGAUUCUUUCAUUCAUAGAACUUUUUGCUUGUUCUUCCUUCCUUCCGCGGUGAGGAUGGGAGGAGAAGUUGUGCAUACAUCUUGUCAAGAUCUUAACCCCUUGAUAGUCAGAUGAGAAAUGUCAAUAUUAGUGGUUGAUGGAGAUGAAAUGAAUUGCGGCCCCGUACUUGUUGAA